CGACGGUUUCUAAGAACUGUUCCUCAAAGUUCAAAGUUCAAACUUGGGUUCUGUUUCUAAGAACUGUUCUUCAAAGUCAAAACCUUGGGUUCUGUCAAGAACUAGAAAUGAUUCAUCAUCCAUAGAAAGAAGAUUAGAAGUCGGGAGAACAGUCCCUACUCUCCAGUAUCCAUUUUCCAUCCCAGCUUUUCAAUUUCGACUUGUUAAGAUUCUUUCAUUAAAGAUUCAAACUUCGUCUGCUAUGAGUAUUUUGCCACGCGCGAUCAAUGUAAACGAUCCAUCUCAAAGCUUAUUCCAACAGCUUUUCGCUUUUGGUGCCUCUUGUCUUUAAGCUGGUUCAUGAUCUUCAUUGGCUAACACCACUCGACUAAGGCAAAGACCCAAACUCUCGCCCAUUUAUGAUUAACGCUAGACGAUUGAGCUCCAUCUUCGGCUCGGAUCAUUCGCUCGUUUCUCUGCUUAAAUCUUGCAAUACCCUUUCUGAGAUCUCUCAAAUCCAUGGCUAUAUGGUCAAAACCGGCCUCGACAGAGACCGUUUCAGCUUGAGCAAGCUCCUCGCGUCUUCCGUCGCGCACACGGGAUAUGCGGCCUCCAUUUUCAACUCCUCGCAAUCCCCGAACCUCUUCAUGUUCGAUACCAUCAUCAGGGGUUACUCCAUUGGCGACGACCCACAACGUGCUUUGGCCAUGUUCAAUGACUUGAGGACGCAGGGGAUUUUACUCGAUCGGUUCUCUUUCGUAACGACCCUCAAAGCUUGUUCGCGAGUGGAGGCUCUUGGGUUCGGCCGAGGGGUUCACGGCAUCGUCCUUAGGUCUGGGCACGGAUCUUUUGUCGAGGUGAAGAACAGCCUCUUGCAAUUUUAUGGCGUUUGCAGCAGAAUCGGUGAUGCACGCCAGUUGUUCGAUGAAUUCCCCCAAGAAAAUGACUUGGUUUCCUGGAACACUUUAAUGGGUGGCUAUAUUACGGCAUUUAAGCCGAGUUUGGCAAUCGAAUUGUUCCGGCGAAUGAUUUGGAGUGGUUUGAGAGGAAGUGCCACCACAAUGCUGAACGUUUUGAAUGCCAGCAGUGAUGUUGGGAAUCUCCCAGGAGUCGAGACUAUCCAUGGGCAUUGUAUUAAAACUGGCUUCUCCUUGAAACUGAAUGUUGCCACUGCUUUGAUCGAUACAUAUGCAAAAGUCGGGAAUAUCCAUGCGGGACGUAAAAUCUUCAAUGAAAUGGAUCAAAAGGACGCUGCCGUGUGGAACUGUUUGAUACAGCGGUAUGCUAGGUAUGGUCUAGUAGAAGAAUCGGUAGAGUUGUUGAACUUAAUGAAGCUCGAAAAUGUGGUACCAAAUUCAUCAACCUUGGCAGGGUUGUUCUCUGCUUGCGAUGCCUCAACUGCUUCGAGCAUUGGGAAGUACAUUUGUGAAUCUAUUGAUGAGGAAGAACUAUGCGCAGAUGCAGUCAUAGGAACAGCUUUGGUGGACAUGUAUGCUAAAUGUGGCCUUUUGGAGAAAGCUGCUGGCAUUUUUAAUCGGAUGAGAGACAAGGAUGUGAAAUCCUGGACUGCUAUAAUUUCAGCUCUAGGCAAUCAUGGGCAGGCGGCUGAAUCCCUCAGGCUGUUCCAUCAGAUGGAGAAAGAGGGACAUAAACCAAAUGAAGUCACUUUCUUGGCAGUUUUAAGUGCUUGCAGCCAUGGCGGGCUUGUGAUGGAGGCUAUGAACUGCUUCCAAAAAAUGGUGUGGGAGUAUGGUUUUUCGCCGAAGAUCGAACAUUACGGCUGCAUUGUUGAUGUCCUGGGACGAGCAGGAAUGCUGAAGGAAGCGCAUGAUCUCAUCAAAAACUUGCCAGUUAAGGCGGACGCCACUGCAUGGCGUGCCCUACUGGGUGCUUGCAGAGUGUAUGGGAAUGUUGAGUUGGGGGAAGAUGUGAAGCGAACACUCAGUGAGACAUAUAGACAGCACCCUGCAGAUGCAAUCCUUCUGUCAAGUACUUAUGCUGCUGCAGGAAGGUUGCCGACGAUCGCCACCACAGAGGAGCUGAAAGGGCAGGAGGAAACCGUGAAGGAAGCUGGACGUAGCCAUAUUGGGGUGUGAUUGCUUGGAGAAAUUUAAGUGCAACAAGAGCUUUUCUUCCAGCCAGAUUAACUGGGAAAAUUUCUUCAGAGCCCGAGGAGAAUGGGUUCAACUUUUGCCAAAACAGGGUGAUUGCCUUAAUGAAUUACAUUGGUUGAAGAAAUGCCCACCAAAUUGGAGCCCUGGAAGCACAGGGGCUAGUUUUACAUCUUCUGCCAUUUUCAACCCCUGACGAACCUCUUGAUCAACGAUUAUUUCACAUUUUCGACUUUGAAAUUCCUUAACAGAAUCUUUCGGAGGGCCAGGUUUAUAUACUGCGCAAAGGACAUCAACAAUAAUCCGAGGCUUGGAGCAAAUUCAAGAAGGAAGUAUGACUGAGAAACACAUGGUUAUUCUAUCGAAAGAAUCGGUGCCAAGACAGUUGUUUGCAUCCUUGAGAAAGAGGAUCGUAAGAAGUCAUUUUUUCUUCUGGAGUUCUGUCUUAUGACACUGGUGUUUAUACUGAGCUCUCUAUAAUGACUUUGUUUC